GGGUGAAAUUUAUAUAUUUCAUGACAAUUAUCUUUAUGAGGAUGCCGUUGAGUCGUGCGGACCAGUAUGGUCGAGUCCCAGUUCAACCCCGAUCAACCGAGUCUUAUCGCACCGAUUCUGGAGCAACUCACAUCGGUUGGCUAUGACGUCUCCCGGAGCUCCGAUUUGUCGGCCGCCGAGAAGAUCGCCGGCGGCCUUGUGUGGUGCGUCUCCGUCCUCAGUGCCACCGGCCCCGAAUUCGACGUCGUCUUGGACGAGACCCGAAAUCUGGAAAGCGAAAUGCAUAAUGGUGAAGCGGGAAAAGGCGUUGAAGAAGCUUUGAGAUUGUUGGGAUGUCCACACCCACUUGUUGCUUCCCAAAUUCAAAGUCUUGAUUAUGAAGGCAUUUUUCCUGUUGUACAUUGGAUUACAAAUCGUAUUCAAACAACGCAAGACAAUUGUAUGGAUGAGGUUACCUGCACUGAACAUUUCCUUGUAGAGGAACAUACUUUUCAGCAGCUUGAGGAGGAGUUGAGAAACACAAAAGAGUCAACAAAUACAUUAGAUGCCAAUUUACGUGAACAGAAUCAAAGAAAAGUUAAUGUUCUGACUGAGAUGCAGCAUCUACAAGAAAAAAUCAGAGAGGGACCUAAACCUAUGGUCCCUAGAUUGGUUUCAUCUAUGAAACUAUUGAAGGCUUUGGAAAAACAAGUAUCUGAUUUCCAGUCCCAUUGCAAUGAAAAACAAUCUGGGUUGCAAGCGAAGAUUAUUGAGUUGGAGGAAAAAAUUUUGAGUGGCAGCAAUAGCAAGAAUCUCCUCUCUGAUCUUAAUAACUCCUUGUGUGAAUCAUUGGGGAAACUGAAUUCAGCCAAAAGGGAACUUGGCGCAAGACUGAGGGGAAUCCUAUUGCUGAAGUGCCAGCUUGAUGAUGUGCCAUCCCAAACUGAGCUCAUCCAAUAUGAACGCCGGUUUUCAGAACUGUAUGUUCAUAUUCAGGAAAAGCUUAGAAAAACUCGUAUAUAUUAUGCCACGUACAAUGCUCUUUUGGAGAUGAAAGAACUGAUGCUGAAAGAGACAUCCUUGUUGAACUCAGUUAGUUUGCAGUUCCAAGAUGCUAUCACUACCAGCAUUGGUCGUAUGAAACUCAUUGAUUCCAUGGAGGGUAUUGUGAAAGGAACUCAGCAGAAGCUAGAAAAAGUGCAAUUGGCCCUUCAAGCAGAGCAGAAAGCUUGUGAUUCCCUGAAGGAGAGGUAUGCUGUAGCAAUUGCCGAGCAAAGACAGUGCUAUUCUCUCUUGAAAGCUUUCCAAGAGGAAUGUGCGAAGAAUGAGAGACUCCGGAGUCUGCAUUCUGCCUAGGAAGACUGAUGUUGUGUAGUUCAGACAUUCAAGCAUCAGUCACAUGAAGAGAAAGAAAACAGUAAUUUGGCUCACUUGGUUAAAAAAUUAAAAUUUUUUUUAAAAAAAACCAUUAGAGAAAUAUAUCAAUUGGAUCAAGUAUGGUCAACCUUAUUGCGCCUUCCAUUUAUCUAGGGUAUAUGAUUAUGGAUUUGAAUAUGAAAGCACAUUAAUUUACUGUUCUACAAGAUUCCCCAUUUGUUUAUUUAUAACAUUAUAAUAUAAUGAUAAUUUAAUCGUGACCUUUA